AUGGAUUGGAAUGGACUCGAAGCUCUUCAGGCUCUUGGACAGGGCACGCUGAGCAAGGUCAAUGACAAGGGCUUCGUGCCAGACGAAGUCCGCAAUACUUUUUUCAGGAAGCUGCGCAUGAAGAGCGAGAACCGCACCUGUUUCGAGUGUCCAGCCAGGAAUCCUACCUGGAUCUCGCUGACCUGGGGCAUCUAUCUCUGUCUGGAGUGUUCCGGAGAGCAUAGACGAAAGGGUGUCCACAUAUCUUUUGUACGAAGCGUGGAGCUUGAUAGCUUCACGCCAGAGCAGAUGGUGCAGAUGGCCGUGGGAGGCAACGGCAAGGCUCAGGAGUACUUCAAGGGCCACGAGAUGGGUAAACUCUCCUCGUCUGGCCGCGUUGCGGACUACACCUCGAAGGCCGCUGAGAGGUACAGGGCGCAACUCGAAGCGGACGCGAAAAAGGCUUGUGAGAAGCUCGGCGUGGCUAGCAAAAGUGCCAGCCAGGCCGCCAGCAAAGACGAAGGUCCAGUGGAUCCAGUGGACCAGGCUGCCGACUUCUCCUUCGAGGGACCGGAGAAGGCAGCGAGUGCAUCGCCUUCCUCGAAGUCUAUGGGUGCGCAGUCCGCCCCGUCGCCGCAGGCGAUGGGCUACUCUGACUCUCCGAUGCGAGGUGCCUCCGCGCCAGCAGUUGUCCCCACACAGAAGCCUGUGCACACUGUGCCCUCGGCGCAC